UUGUGAAAUUUACAUGACAACACAAUGCCAAAAUGUCACAUAUUUACCUAAAUAAAACGUUUAUAGGAAAGGAUAUCAGGGACAGAUUUAUUGUGGCAUGCGAAAAGGGUGAAAUUGGGACAGUUACAAAGAUUCUGCGUCUUCAUGUUCCCGCAAAUACUAAGGAUGAAUAUGGAAAGAGUGCUUUAGCAAGAGCUUGCGAAGGGGGCCAUGCUGAAGUGGCACGACUACUUAUCGAGGCGGGUGCUGAUGUCAAUGCCAAGCAAUCUGGUCUAGUCACUUCACUCCACUUGGCUGCGAAGGGAAAACAUGCAGAAGUUGUGAAACACUUGCUCUUAAAUGGUGCAACAAUUGAUGCUAAAACAUCAUCAGGGCUGCGGCCCAUUGAUUUUUUAAAACAUGAGUCAGCGUUAUGGAACUUGUUCAAUGACGCAAUGCGUGGAGACUUACCAGAACUUGAAGAUAUUCCUGAUGUGCCAGAGAUACCAGACUAUGCCCUACCAGAUGGGGCAGAGCCUAAGAAAGGCAAAAAGGGAAAGAAAGGCAAGAAAGGAAAGAAAAAGGGAGGAAAGAAAAAAGGUGGAAAGAAAAAGGGUGGCAAGAAAAAGAAGAAGAAAAAGUAAUGGCAGUUAGAAAAAAACAGAAUAUAUUACUUUUGUAUUUUAUUAUAUAUAUAUUAUCAAAUAUCUGUGAUAUAAACAUUCUAAAAAAGUUGAAAGUCAGAAUGCUUAUACAAUGGACAGGACAGAAUAAAGAAGCAAAGAACUUGUAUGAGACUUGAUUUGUUAGAAGAAGGUCUCUUAAGUCACUUGUGGCGUAAAUCAAUUUGUGAAGACUUUGUUGAAAAUGAUUCCUACUUUUGGAUAUCACCACAUUGUGUUAUAUUUUUUGUUUUCAUAUCAAGACAGUCCUUGUUUUGUUUUAUUAAAUGUAUCAUGUCUUUCUGCUCUAUUUUAUCAGAAUAAAAUUUAUUAUUUCCUUAA